AACACAGAGAUAAAAGAUCAGGGUUAAAAAAAUAAUGUAUUCAAGAUAUUUCCAUAGGUAACACAGACUAAUGCAGUGCUCAGUGGCUGCCACAUUGGACAGCACAAGGCUUGGGCGUGAGUUAAGUGUUCCAUGCCUAAAAAUCCCCAGGCAGUUUCAUUCCAUACUUUGGAUGAGAACAAGUAUUUAAUGAGAACAAAAGUUUUAUGUGCCUGACUUAAACGGAUGCCUAUACCGAGUGGGCAGAUGUUUGAAGGCUGCUUUUUCCAGCUCCCUCUGGGUUGGCCAGGUGGGUUCAUCUGUAGGAUGGCUCAGCUGGGGCCUGAUUUCCUCGUCUUGGAAACCAGACUCUGCAGCUGGGACCUGGGCCUGAGGUCGGUCUUCUUGGACACCGUGGAGCAGCGGUCCCACAGCCCUUCCUGUGGAGCUCCUGCAGUGAGUGAGGCAUUGGAGGCAGCAGACAGCCACAUUUAGGUGUGAGGGUUUUCCCAGGGGAACUUAGCAGGACAGCUCCUUGUAUCUUUACAUUGUUCAGCCUCAGCCUGUGCCUGGGGAGUGCACAACACUGCAGUUUCCAUGAGUCCAGCAAACACCAACCUUUGGGACACUCAUUUUCACACACUACUGUUCCCAGGCACUAGACCUAGGUCCUGAAGACACCACAGCACCUAAGUGACAGAUGGCCUUGAGCUCCUGGUAAUGGGGUGCUGUACUGCGGUCAGGGACGUGGUUCAUCCUUGAGUUUGAAGUUGGGGUGAUGGAGCCUACACCCCAGCUGUGCCACAAUGUAGCCAGCAGCCACAUGGCUAUUGAGGGCCCGAACUGGGGCCCUGAGAGAAAUGUAAAUUUUUUCAUUAACAUUUUUGAAUUAACAUCAUUUUGAGUUAUGUGCAGGAAUACUAUAUUUUGACAUUGAAAUAAAUUUAUUUUUUCAUGGCUUUUAGAAAGUUUAUCAUUGCAUAUGUGGGUGAUGCUAUAUUUCUGUUUGGACAGUGCUGGCCUGGACCCAGAAACCUUCCACCUCUCCAUUGCAUCAGCCUGAGCAACGCCCUGCUAGAAACGGAGGGGUUGAGUCACUGAGAGAACCAGUCCACUGCCUUUGCUGGCCCACCUGGGCCAAUGGGAAGGAGGAACACACUGGCCAAUCAGCCAGCGCCACAGGCGUUUUCUGCUCACUUCAGCGCCACCCAUCAAGGACCAACCAGGCGGACCUGUGCGGUCCCUCUCGUUCCUCGCUCCUGUGGUUUCCUCCGGAGGCUGACCUCUCCGCCCGGAUGGCAUGGCGUCGCCUUUCUUUGCUGACUUUGGCCUCAUGUGGUACCUGGAGGAGCUCAAGAAGAAGGAAUUCAUGAAGUUCAAGGAGCUCCUCAGGCAGGAGACGCCACAGCUCGGGCUCGGGCAGAUCCCCUGGGGUGAGGUGAAGAGAGCGUCUCGGGAAGAGCUCGCCAACCUCCUGCUCAGGCACUACGAGGGAGAGCAAGCCUGGAAUGUGACCUUCAGGGUCUUUCAGAAGCUGGGCAGGAAGGAUCUCUGCGCGAAGGCCGUGAGAGAGAGCAGCGGAAAUGUGAAGAUCUAUCAGGCUCACAUGAGGGAGAAAUUCUGCAGCUUCUUGGCCAAGGAAUCCAUCCCCAUGGUGGGUGAACACUUUAACCUGAAUGUCACCCAGGAAAAGUGCAAAUUUCUGGAACUCCUCUUCGAGCCCGGGAAGCAGACCCGCACUCUCUGCUUGCACGGAAUCCAAGGAGUUGGGAAAACUACUUUCCUGGCGAAGAUCAUCGUGGCUUGGUCCAAGGGCUUCAUCUACCAGGACCGAUUCUCCUACAUCUUCUACUUUUGCUGCAAGGAACUGAAGCGGCUGCCGGCCGUAAGCUUGAUGGAACUGAUCGCCAGAGCCUGGCCCACCGCCUCCGCCCCUGUGAGUGAGAUCAUGGCGCACCCCGAGAAGGUCCUGUUCAUGGUGGACGACUUUGAAGAGCUGGGGUCCGACCUGAGGGAGCCCGAGAGUGAGUUGUGCGGGGACUGGGCCGAGGCGCAUCCGCCUAAGCUGCUGUUGAGUAGUUUGCUGAGGAAGAAGAUGGUCCCAGAGUGCUUCCUGCUUGUCACCCUCUCCCCCAAGGCCAGGCAGGGACUGGAGGACAGGCUGAAGGACCCUGACAUUAGGGUGCUCACGGGCUUCAAUGAGUGUGACAUGAAGAUCUUCAUCAGCCAGAUAUUCCCAGACAUGUACAGGGCCCUGGACGCCUUUGCCGUCAUACUGGACAACCAUCAGAUCUUCUCGCUCUGCCAGCUGCCCGUGCUCUGCUGGAUGGCCUGCGUGGCCCUGAAGUGGGAGAUGGACCAAGGCAAUGACGUGAAGCUCACCUGCCAGAGGAGAACGGCUCUGUACACCUCCUUCCUCUUGAACCUCUUCACACCCCAGGGAGCCGCCGGCCCGAGCUGGCAGGGCCAGGCCUGGCUGCAGAGCCUGUGCUCCCUGGCCGUGCAGGGCAUGUGGACCGACACCCUGGUGUUCGGGGAGAGGGACCUCGUGAGGAACGGGAUAGGCAGCUCCGACCUCCCUGCCCUGCUGGAACUCAGGGUCCUCCUGCUGUGCCAGGAGGCUGAGGCCUCCUACAGGUUCCUGCACUCCUCGGUCCAGGAGUUCUGCGCCGCCCUGUUCUACCUGCUCAAGAGCCCUGGCCACCACCCACACACAGCCGUGCAGGGCACGCAGGAGCUGCUGCUCACCUACCUCCAGAAAUCUGGAGAGCACUGGGUCUUUGUGGGCUGCUUCCUGUUUGGCCUGUUGCAUGAGAGGGAGCGGCAGAAGCUGGAUGCAUUUUUUGGCUUCCAGCUGUCUGGUGAGAUGAAGUGGCAGCUGUACCGGUGCCUGCAGGACCUGGCAAAGAUCACCGGGAAGCUCCGGAGGGAGACCACCUUCCUGGCCUUGUUUUACGCCUUGUUCGAGAUGCAGGAGGAGGCCUUCACAGACCAGGUGAUGGACUUGAUGUCAGAACUUACCUUCUCCGUCUUCCACGAGACCGACCUGAAGGUUUCCGCCUACUGCUUAAAACGCUGCUCAAACUUGAAGAAACUUAGCCUUUCAGCCCACAGUGUAUUUAAGAAUGAAGAGAGAGGACAGAGCUCUGUGUCCAGCACUGAGCUCCUCUCGUGGCACCAGGUGUGCUCCGUGCUCACGACCAACAGGGACCUCCAGGUGCUGCAGGUAAAGGACAGCACCCUCAACGAGCCGGCCCUCCUGACUCUGUGCCAUCAGCUGAGGCAGCCCAACUGCCUCCUGGAGAAUCUCUUCCUAAACAACAUUACCUUUCAUUGUGAGGAUUGGGCUCUCUUUGAGGUCUUCACUCAUAACCCAAAUCUGAAGUACCUGAACCUCAGUAACACCCUGCUAGGCUGCCAGGAGAUGCAGUCCCUAUACAGCAUGCUGAGCCACCCCGCGUGCAACUUGGAGAAGCUGCUGCUGAUGAACUGUAAACUGUCGGCUGAUGACUGCAAGGUCCUCGCCUCCAUCCUGAUAGAGAGUAGGAAGCUGAGGCACCUGAACCUCUCCUGCAACUACCUGAAUAAGGGGGCACGCGCCCUGUGCAAGGCCCUGUGCCACCCCGCCUGCACCCUGGAGCUCCUGGUGUUGGCCCUCUGCAAACUCAGGGCGUGGUGCUGGGACUACCUGGCCGACGUCCUCCUGCUCAGCAAGAGCCUGGUGCACCUGGACCUCAGCAUAAACAGCCUGAGGGACGAGGGACUGCAGGUUCUCUGCGAAGCCCUGAGACACCCAGUCUGCAGGCUGCAGACUCUGUGUCUGAUGAAAUGCUCCAUCACGGUGGGGGGCUGCAGAGACCUGGCCUCCGUCCUCACCAGCAGCCAGAGCCUGCGGACCCUGUUCAUCACGGAGAACAGCAUAGAGGAUGCAGGGAUGAAGAUGCUGUGCUGGGCUCUGGCACGGCCCAGCUGCCUCUUGGAGACCCUGGGGGUGAAGGACUGUGGUUUGACCAGCGCCUGCUGCGAGGACCUGGCCACCGUGCUCACCAGCAGCAAGACCCUGUCCAUGCUGAACCUGAUUGGGAAUCCCCUGGGCCACAGCGGGGUGGCGCUGCUGUGCCAGGGCCUGAGGCACCCCGAGUGCGCCCUCCAGGUGCUGGGACUGAAUAAAGCGGAAUUUGGUGAGGAAACCCGGGCACUGCUGGAGGCUGAGGAAGAGAGAAAUCCAGACCUGAUCAUCAAGGAAAGUUGGUGACACAGAAAUGGAAGGCACAGCAGGGUGGGGGUGGGCUGUGAGCCUGAGGGGACACCACCUGUGGGGACCCCUGGAGAACACUCUGAGGACACCUGGAGGACACCUGCAGAGAUACCUCUAAGGACACCUGUGGGCACACCUGCAGGGGCGGGGCUGCCUGGCACCCCAUCUGUGCCCAGGACACUGACAGUGGCCCUGCCUGCCUGGGGGAGGUGAGCUUCACUGCACCCAAGGCUUUUAAUUUGCUCUGUGGUCUUCAGACAAGCUGCCGCAAGAGCUCUGUGAUGAAACGUGUAUUUUGUCUACAAUUGUCUUUUAAA